AUGAUUUCCGACCACGAGGCCGAUGACUAUGUGCCUGAGGCCAAGCGUCGUCGACUUGCUGAACUUCAAGAUGGAGCUGAAGGUGAUGAUGACUACGAACCAUCAAUUGCUGAUGACAACCCUCAUGAUGAUGGUCAGCCUCCAGAUGAUGGUCAUCACCCGUCCCCUGGACUUAUGGGACAACAUGAUGGACUUUCUCCGUCCCCUGGACUUAUGGGACCUUCAGAUGCUCCACCAGCUCCAAUGGCUGAUGAACCUCCUCUACCUCCAACGUUGCCCAUCAGCAACACCGAUGAAGUGGAGCCCUCAGCAGAAGUUUUUCCUCCAACACCAACCAGCAGCUGGUCAGUUUUAGACCCUGCAACUGCUAAAAGAUUUCAAGUUCCACAACAAGAGACUUUUAAGCAACGUCGGGCACGAGUGGACCGCCAAGAAACUUUGUCUUUUGGACCCCGCAGGUCACCAUUUCAAGGCUCACAUGGAGCUACUCCAUAUGAUCGUCCUGCACGUGGCGAUGAUGAUGCUGCCAACAUAGCUUUCAAUGUGGAGGACAUGGAACAAGAGUCACUGCCUGGUGACUGGUGCUUCAAGCCUGAGACUGGCUACUUUGAGCUGCGUAAAGGUGCCCGAGUAUGUGAUUUCUGGGAGUUGAAAGCUGGAUGCCUCCUUCGAUAUCACUGUCACCAACGGCGCACUCUCUUUGACCCUGCUGGCAGCUCAGACAUCCCAGUUCCACUUGACAAGCUUGACAACGUCAGGGUCACCAUUCACUUUGACCGUGACGCAAGCCUCAAGAACCAACAUCAACGACAACAACGUCGAGAUGUCACCAAGAUGGCCAAGAACAAGGGCGAAGUGGUGGAAAAGUACUUGAACCAGACCGAAAAAGAAAUGUUCCACCAAGCGAAGGUCCCCGAGGACUCUGCCGAGCUCUACGUGACUGAAGAUGAAGACAUGAAUGAAGAGACCUAUGAACCUGCGGAUGACGACAUUCAUGCCGAGCCCUAUGAGCCUGUCGAGGCCUACGUAGCAACCCCAAAGAAUGCCAAGGUGAUAAAGUAUGUCAUCGCGGCGCUGACCUGGUUGACCGGAAUUUGUUUUUUCGCCAUUUUGGCGGUAAUGCUCCUUUGCCUCCUCCUUGGACUUUGGCUUGGUGCUCGAUACGAGCGACUGCGCCUGCAACAGGCGAUCGACCUUGCCUAUGCCCACGUGGACCAACUCCAACGAGAAGGUGCAGAACAGGCGGAUUUGAUUCCCCGACUUCGGUGUCAAUGCUAUGAUGUGGCUGGCCGCCGCAAUGAGAUUGCGAAUGAACUGGAAGAAACAAGACGCAACGCCAACGUGAUGGCGAUUAUGCUGGCCUCUCAAAUCGAAACAAUUCGGUUUCUGCAAGCAAGAACCGAUAGACUUCGAAGCCUGAUAGCCAACCACCAAGCUCCAUGCCCGCUUGGUGACACAGUACUGGUGCAGCCGACGCUGGAUGGUUCGCUGUGGCACAUCGACCCUGAGUGCCCAAUCAUCACCCUGAAUAGAGCUCACAUGGUCCAAGAACAUGACCACUGUGAGAACGUAUAUACGUUUGUGGCCACCCCGGGUCAAAUGCCCCUUCGCCAGGUGGGUGGGAUCGAUCUACUUGUGCAAUGGCUCUGGAAAAAGCAGCGACUUCGUGAGCGACUGCUACUGAACACCGUUUAG